UAUGAUCUAUAGAUCUACAUCUCUGAUCUAGUCUUGUAUUUGUAGUUAGGCUACAUCAAUCUCCUUCAAGACAUUUGAAUUAGGAUGAUUCUUCGAAUGUUGCGUGGUGCAUUAGUUUUAGUAUCAUCAGCUAUCAUAAUACCCUACACUAUUGCAAUAGUCAGCAAUAUAUUACAUGGAUGGCCACAGUGCAAGAACAGAUAUAGCCGUGCUCUGAAUCCCAGAAAAGUACUUGGUUUAAAUCAUGUAUUACUUCAGAUGCUAAGGGAUAAAACAACCUUUCUAUUUUUAUAUCUAAAAUGGAAAAAAUUCUACAAGAAUGCUGACCCAAGCAGACUUUACAAGAAUUUAGCCUUUGGUAGAAAUGACUGCACCCUGGACAUUUAUCUGCCUUGGGAGAGAAAUCCUGCAGCUAAUUUACCAGUAGUCAUAUUUGUGUAUGGUGGGGCCUGGAGCUCUGGAAAUAAAAGUUCAUAUGGUCUACUAUGUACAAACAUUGCCUCACACACACAGUCUAUUGUAGUCUGCCCAAACUAUUCCACGUACCCAAAGGGUUAUGUAGAUGACAUGAUUCAAGAUAUUGUGGACUGCAUUAGCUGGGUUAUAGAUAACAUUCAAGAGUACGGAGGAGACAAGAACAAAAUAAUUCUAAUUGGCCAUUCAGCGGGAGCUCAUCUGUCUGUCAUGGCUAUACUGGAGCUUCUUCAUGAUGAAAGGCUUAGUGUGCAGUCCACUUUCAAAUUUACACCUGCUUUAGAUCAGCUGGAAGAGUUGUCUUUUGCUGAGAGUCAUUAUGGCAAAAGAGGUGGGCUUCUAGAACCAAGAAAUGACGGUCACCAAGACAGUUCAGGAUCCUCUGAAUCUUUUGCAGUGGUCAGUGAAAAUGGAUCAUCUGUGGAGCAGUGCUUAUUGACUGACAGUGGAGGCACAAGCCUGUUUGGAAGCAGUCUGAAUUCUGAUAAUAAUGCCAAUCCAGAAAAUGGAGCUUCAGUCAGUGAGAAUGAAGGCAAUGGACAGGAGAGAGUUCCCCAUGAGGAAAAUAAAGAAGGGGCUGCAGAGAUAGAAAAUGAAACUUUAGCUGCUGAAGGGCCAUUAUCGGCAGAAAAUAAUGGAGAAGGUCAAACAAACCAAGGCAGUCACUCUGGGGGUAGUCAAGGUGAUGAUGAAGAAGAGGAAGAUAGUGGAGACAAUGAUUCAGUCAUCACUGUCAGACCUAAAGACAUUGACAGACAUGCCACUCUUGUUGACUUGUGCAAGGCAGUGAAAGCAUUUAUAGGUUUGGCUGGUGUGUACAGUAUCAAGGACCACUUCCAGCAUGAAUCGUGGCGUGGCAUUGAAGAUGUAUCUUGCAUGUGUAGAGCCCACUAUGGUGAAGAUCAUUUUGCCAGGUUUUCUCCUAAAGAAAUCAUUCACAGCUUAGGGAGAUGUUUAAGUUUGCCUUUGAUGGUACUGGUUCAUGGGACAGAAGACUAUGUCUCUCCUUUAUCAGCUACAUUGACAUUUGCUGAAGCUCUAAGUGACAUAUCUGCCAACGUCAAAGUAAGAGUUAUCCCAGAAUGCAACCACUAUGAGGUAUGUCUUGAUCUGAUGGACAGACAUCGGAAGUUUUAUUCUCAUGUGAUGGGCAUCAUUAUGGAAACAAUCAGCGCAGUUUCUUGAUACCAAUGGUUUUAUGUAGAGUUUUACAAAUUCUUUUUUUUAAUUGAUUUGACUGUUAGCAAUUUAAAUUCUACUUUAGGAUGCUAUGACUAAUGAAGUCUAUGAAUGACAUCUAUGCUAAAGAAAUUAGCUUCAGUCAUUUUUGUUUUUAUUUGACAAUAUUUCAUGAUUUAUUAUUGUCAACAUGGCUAGAAGCCAUGGGUUGAUCAUGUUUAGUUGAAAUUAAACAUUACCCUAGAAACAAAAAAAAAUCUUGUAUUAGCCUAUACAAAACCUGUAUGAGCUAGAACCAUGUUUAGGUUUUCUGUGUAUAUUUUUAACCCAUGAAUUGUUAUUUCUUUGUUAGCUGUACACUUCUUUUUUUUUUUUUUUGUUUUCUAAUGUGAUUUUGAUUGAAGUUAACAAUCACAAUCAUAAUUGUCUUUUUCCAUUGCUAGCAUCUCAAUGUACCGGUACCAUUGAACAAUAUAGAAAUGUGAUAGAAGUCAUGUUUAAUUUUUUAUUUUUUUUUUAUUUCUGAUUAACUUUAUUUGUUGCUUGCUUUUUUUUUUACUAAUUAAGCUCUGUUUUGUAUAAUUCUAAAUUAUUUUUUUUCAUCAAGAUUAUUUAGAUAAAGGGUGGUUGAUAAUUUUGGGUAUUAGUUUGAUACUAUUGCUAGUAUGCAAUAAAACAUUCCCUCAUCACUUAGUGGUGAGGACUGAAUAAAAGAAGGCAUUGUCUCUGAGUCUAAAAAGUAGUGCAGUAUGUCACAUGACCACAAAGACCCAGUUGUUUUACUUCAGUUGUGUUUCUUUGACAUUUGUAAUAGUUCUCCAGCUGUCUCUUUCAAAAAUCAUUUGCUGCAUUCUCUAUACCAGUGAGGGCAAAUUGAUGCCCCAGUUAGUCUUUAAAGUGCAUUGGGAGGCAUUUCUGUUUCACAGUCUCCAUAAAGCAUUCUGGCAGCCUUGGAUGCUUCCUGGUCUUCGAGCCAUACAGACAUUAUUGAUUUUUAUUGGCCAUCAAAGAGAAUAGAAAUCAGACAUUGCCAUAAGUAUAUUGUUAAGGAUCUUAUGUAAACAGAAAAUGUCUAUUUAUAUAUAUAUAUAUUUAUAUUAAGCUAAAAUCUAAACACAGACUUGUGUGUUUGUAUUUCAAAUUCAAUCUAAAAAUGCCUUUAAUAUCCAAGUUACUGAAGGUUAUAAUCGCUCUAGUAAUGUACAUCUCUGAAGGCACUCACCCUUUUGUUAUUAUUAUUUUUGUUUAUUCAUGCAUUCAUUGAAUUUUUAGUCUUAAAGUUUGACAGUUGUUAAUUAGACAAUAUUUAUGUGUGCUAUUUAUUGUUGAGAUGACUAUGUGGAAUCUAGGCUACCUGUUGGUUCAUAUGACGUGCUCUGUACUUUACUUGAAAAGAAAAUGAUGUACGUUACUUGUUGUGUGAGUGUGAGAUGUAAUUACACUUGUUUGUUGUUUAGAUAAUGAUGUGAGUAAAGCACGUCCUCACUGACCACUCAGUUAUGCUGUUGUGACACUCUGUACUUGUAGACACCAUGUAUGUAUGUGAUCUCUAUUGUGAUACACUUUCUGUUUCAGUAAGGUCUAAUUUGUGUUAGGGUAACUCUUGAAAUGCUUUUUGCCAAUAUGUUAAAUUGUUGUUGUUUUUUUUUCUACUAUAUUUUUUUAUACAGUACUUUAUCGUUUUGAUGGAUUUAAAAGUUUCUUGUUGAAUAUAACCACAGUGAGUUUAAUACAAAUUGGUAAAUUAACUUCAUGCUGCUUGUUAAAAGUUGCCUUACUUAGGUAUACUCAGUUAUGAGUUGUUAAUAACUAUCAAAAUGUUGCCUACCAAUAGAGAAAAAAAAAAGGGGGGGGGGGGGAGACUUUUGAAAGAUAUCCCAGAAAACUAGGUUUUGAGAGUUAACAUUUUUUAAACUUGGGUUGUGCCUACUUCACUCAAAAAAAAAGUAUGUGUUUCAGAAAAUUAAAUCAUUUUUUUCCUCUCUCCCACAAUUUUUUUUUUAGAUCAAGCCUAGUUAAGAUUACACAACCAUUGAAACAUAAAUGUAUAGUAGGUCUGUGUAUAGCAUCUCACAACCACUAGACUUUCACUACACAUGCUUGCUAAACAUGACUUGAACUAGUUGUUUUCUGGAAAACAUUUUUUUUUUUUUUUUUUUAUUUUAUUAACCAAAUAUAAUGACAGUGAGGACUUUAUAACACUUUCUUUUUGGUGUAUAGAGGCAAAGUCUUGGGAAUAUGGGAACUUAUUUAGAUUUUAAAACUGAAAAUCACGUUUUCUUUUAUGCGAAAAGGAAACUCAAAGAUUCAUUAAUGACCAUUUGGUUUUGCACAAAUAAAUAUUGUCUUGUGGGCCAGUCUAUAUAGUUCUAUGUCUGUGAUUCAAAUAUAGAGUUGUUUCAAAUAUAAAGUUAUUUCCCUUGAAUUGACUUACAGGAAAAAAAAAUCAAAUUAUAUGAAGUUCCUUCCAAUACAGCAAUUAUAAAAAUUGUGAAAACAAUAUAUUUUUUGUUUUAUUAAUGUUAAUUAAAACAUUAUUUGAUUUGUAUGUAUAGGUCACAGUUAGGAAUUUAACAGUACCUACCAGCAUUCACUAAAGUAGGAAUAAUUCAAUGGAAUAAUUAAGGCCAAUUUAGAUUUAAUAUAAAGUUUACUUCAAGAUUGCAAGACAUGCCAUCUUGGACUAAGCCAACUCACAUUGACAUGAAAUGUUCCAUGAUUUCGUAAUACAUCAUUAAUGAUAUUUACAUCAAUCACUUUUAGAUCUCAAGCUAAUGGAGGUAUAGAUUCGGGCAUUCUAUAUCUGGUGUUUUCAGGCAAAGGACGUAAUGAUUCUCUAUUUCCUGUUUUACUUAGGCAUAUCAUAGAAUGACUAGCUGAGGCAAAGUAGAAAAUGUCUUAUUUAGAAAGAUAUUCAUUAAUAAAAUAUUUAUGAAUGCAUUCAGAUUAAAUCAAAACCUGAUUAUUAGAUAGCCCAAAGUUUUGAGUGUAAGAAAAUUUAUAAAUUUGCAUGGCUUGAUGUUUGGAAUUAUCUAACCCAGUGAUGCCCAACCUAAUUCGACCUGCGGGCCAUUUUAAUUUCUGACACUCGUGUCGGAGGCCACAUGAGCAAAAAUGUACACAUACAAAAAAAAAAUCAAAUUUACCUGAAUUUGAAACUAUUAGAUUAGAAAAACUGUGGAGCUAGUACUUACAUUAUGGAAUUGGAUAUCUGAAGUGAUUUUUUUUCACGCGUCAGAAAAUGCCUUUAUUUCUGUACUUAAAAAAAGAACUACAUUGUAGCUAGCUUUGACAUCGACUCAUUUUCUUGUCGCUUUUUGGUAAAUAUUUCCAACAAUCCUCCAAUCUCUAGGCGUAGUCUAACAAUCUUUUUAUUCGCGGCUCAAACCAAGAAAAUCUGUUUCAUAAUGACAUUUAUAUUUUGUUCUUUUUGGAAACAGCCACCUUUUUUUUAUAGAUCACUUAUGUUGGCUUAUUAUCAUGAUCCACAAAAAAAAAGUAAGAUCCGUUCUCUUUUUCAGGUAGAUUCUCAUUUCAUAAACACACUAAUGUUAAAGGUCAUGGUUACCAAUCAAUUAAAGAAAAAUUAAGGGCCCUAACAUAGGUAAAGAUACAUAAGUUAGCUUUUUUUUUUUCGAUGGGGUUGUCUACACUUUGUGCGACAUUUCGGCGGGCCAGAUGGAACCGCGGUCAGCCCGCGGGCCGUAUUUUGGGCAUCACUGAUCUAACCUGUCUCAGUAGUAAUAUCAUCAUGGUGUAACAGUUUGUUAGAAUUGUCUUCUUUAUUUUUUGGGGGGAGGGGGUAAUUUAGGCUUUUUAUUUGUAAUAUUUAAUUGUUGUUCCAAAUAGGAUUUAAGAAUGACUUCAUUAUUUUUAGUUGCUUUGUUUUUUAAUUGUGUAUGUAUAAAAUGACAACUCUUUUUAUAUCACUUGGGUGGUAAUUUGUACAUGUUUUUAGUAUUUAUGGUCAGUCUCGAUAUACUGGGCAUUAUUAAGUGCUUUUUAAAAAAAAAUAGUAUAGUGCAUUUAAAAAAGAAAACAAAAUUUAACAAAAUCAUUUGAGUUGAUGUCCAUGAUCCUGUUAGAUCUUAAUGCAUUGUGGAUUGGGGAAGUAGACUGCAUCAGAUGCUUAAGACAAAUGUUUGCACCAGGGCAAUAUUGACAAUAUUACUAUCAAUGUACUACUUUCAAUGUACUACUUUCAAUAGUUUUUACCUUCCCAUAAUCUUAUAUUAUGGUUGACUAUUGAAUGAAGUACUCUAUUUAGUUAAUGUGCAUUAUCUCACCAAUAACACCUUUUUUUUUUUACUUUUCUUUCUCAAAUUUCUUUCCCUUUUGCUAUUGUCAAUAAGAAGUGGUUAUUUCUCUAUAUAAAGAAAGGAACAUCUUUGAACUCAUGAAAAUACAAAAUUACAGCUUUGAUUCUCAUCCUAAUUUUUCAUUUUGACAUUACAUUCUUGCUAAAAUGUAAAAUUAAAAUUUUUCUUUGACUUUAUUUCAAGUAACAAGAAUAGAUUUUAUUUUGAAAAUUUGUUCUAGUGCUAUUAAGAAAAAAAUAUAGAAAUUUAUAGCAUAAAAAUAUAAUUAGAUUUUUUGAACAGUCCUUCAGAUUUUGCCUAUUUUCAUUGGUGAAAGAUUGUCAUAAUUUAAGGGAUAGAUUAAGCAUGUCAGAAAAAAAAAAGUAUAUAUUAUGCAACUUUUCAUCAAUAUACUGUUUUCAUAGUUUGUCUUUAGGUAAAAAAAAAUAAAUCAAAAUCUUCAUUUCUCCUUGAAAUAUUUUCUUAAAUUUAGGAGUGACCACAUAUAACGUAGUCUCCACAUCCCUGACCUAUAAAAUGGUUCAAAUGGCCAUCGAUCAAUCCACAAAAGAAACUGUGUGUAAUUAUGUUGAUCUAACGGUAAACACUAGAUUAUAAGAUUCUUGAAGACAUUGUGCAAAAAAAAAAAAAAAAAUGUAAAUGAGUGUGCAUGGAACAUGUAUAUUAGAAUGGCUUAAUGGAGAUAUUUGGAUGAAACCUUUAGUUAUUUGUGUGUUUAUUUUUAAUAGUUUGUUUAGCGGCCUAGUUGUCAACUUCCAAAUGUAACUUAGUUGUAUGACAAGUAAGAACCAUCGAGUUCAGCCUAUGCAGUAUGUGUUAUGUAUCAUCCUGACUACAAGCAAUGCAACAAUGUUAUAGAUUUGUGCAUAAAAUGAACAAUAAACAUUUUGAUUGUCUAGAACUCUAA